AUGACACCCGAUAAGUUCUGCAACGACGUAGAACUGCGUAGCACACACUGGUAUUCCAACCUUGCUACUUACUCCGCAUUUGACAUAUCAGCUCCAGCAAAACAAUCGCGCAGCGGCACUGCCAUGUCGAACAGCAAUAGUAGGGUGGUGUUCGUCGGCAAUGUGCCCUAUAACAUGACGGAAGAGCAACUCGUGGGCAUUUUCAAGUCCGUCGGUCAGGUCAUUGGAUUUAGGCUCGUCUUCGAUAGAGAUACAGCAAAACCAAAAGGCUAUGGUUUCUGUGAAUUCGCAGACCAUGAGACUGCACUCUCGGCAGUCCGCAACCUCAAUAAUACAGACUGUGGGGGCCGGCCGCUGCGUAUUGACUUGGCCGACUCUGAUCCUUUUCUGGAAGGAAAGACGACUGUGAGAGGAGAGAUUUUGGAUGGGGGGUACCCUGGGCCAUCAGAGUCGCGUGGCCAAUGGCGUUCGGGAGCAGGCGGUGGUGGUGGUGGUGGGCGAUCGAAUGACCCAGACGCGUUUUUGGCUAAUAUUCCACCUGGGAUAACCAUCCCGAAGGGUGCUUCGGCACUUGACCAUAUUAGUCGCACCCUGGCGACGCUGCCAGAGAGCCAAGUUAUCGAAGUCUUAGCUCAGAUGAAGGCUUUUGUGAUCACACACCCCGACCAAGCUCGAACGCUGCUCAUCAAGCACCCGCAGCUGGCCUACGCGCUUUUCCAGUCUCUUUUGCUGAACAAAAUUGUUGACCCGAACAUCCUAGAACGCAUGCUUGCCUCCUCACGAGGAUCAGCUGGGCCGAGUGGCGCCCCAGCUCAACCUCCACCCAACCGGGGUCCAUUGGGACCGGGCGGCAUGCCGCCGCCACACAUGCAGCAGCAGCAUAUGCCGCCAGUACCCGGGCAGUACCCACCGUCGAUGCCGCCCUUCCCGCCGCAGGGCCUGCAGCAUCCACAGCCGAUGCCAGCGAUGCAGGCGCAGCCGCCGAUGAUGGCGACGCCCCCUGCGUCGGCGAUGUAUGGGCAACAUAUCCCGCCGGCGCAGGUCCCGCCUCAACCACAGGCGUUCUACCGCCCGCCAAUGCCGCCUGCGGCACAGGUGCAGGCUCCGCCUCCCGCGCCUGUCGCGCCGCAAACAUCACAGCAACCUGUGUAUUCUGCGCAAAUGGCAGCAGCCUUUGCGGAGAUGGACCCGGAACAACAGCGGGCUAUGUGGACAGUGUUGGGUAUGACUCAGGAGCAGAUCGACAACACACCCGAACCUGCAAAGUCACAGAUCAUGGAGGUGGAAGAGCGACGUGAGCGUGAGUAG